UCGGAGAGAGGAAGCACUGAAGAGUGGAGACCUGCUCGACGCGAUAUAUUUUUUUAACAGCGAAUGCACACAUUUAUAUAAAUUAGUGCUUUCAUUUUUAUUUGUUUUCAUCGAGAGGGAGGAGGACGUUGUACCAUGGCAGCGGUGGCUGUACUGCGGAAUGAAACACUCCAGGCUUUUCUUCAGGAUCGCACUCCAAACUCUUCUCCAGAGAACUGUAAGCACUCUCCGCUGGCUCUCCUGGCUGCCACUUGUAACCGGAUCGGGCAUCACCACGGAUCAAACCACACAGAUUUCCUCCAGGUCCCUUACGACCCAACUCUGGGCUCCCCUUCGCGUUUAUUUCACCCGUGGACUAACGAGGGAACCCCUCAGAGCAGCCUGGCGAGCAACUCCACUUUCGGACUAUCCUCCAAGCACCAGCUGACUUCGCACAUCCAGAGCUCCUUCAGCUCGCACCACGAACUGCCCCUCACCCCUCCGGCGGACCCCUCGUACCCCUAUGACUUCUCCCCCGUGAAGAUGUUACCUUGCUCCAUGCAGUCUCUGCAGUCCUCCUGCCCUCCCACCUACGUUCCCGCUGUCAGUUACGCAGCCCCAACUCCCAUUCCGUCCGCCAUGCCAAGUUUUGUCACGGGACCCUCCGGCCUUGUGCACCAGCAGCAGAGACAGUUGUCCCCAAACCCUGGAGAGGAUAUUCCGUGGUGGAGCCUCCAGCAGGGGAACCACGUCAGUCACUCUGCCUCCCUUGGUCACCAUCGCUUCCAGCUGCAGAGGGGCUUGGUUCUGGGACAUACGGACUUUGCGCAAUAUCAGACGCAAAUCGCGGCUCUGCUGCACACGAAGUCCCCUCUCGCGACUGCGCGGCGGUGCAGGAGGUGCAGAUGUCCGAACUGCCAGUCCUCCACGUCCAGCGACGAGCCUGGGAAGAAGAAACAACACAUUUGUCACAUACCGGGAUGCGGGAAAGUGUACGGGAAAACUUCUCACCUCAAAGCGCACCUGAGGUGGCACUCUGGAGAGCGGCCGUUUGUGUGCAACUGGCUGUUCUGUGGCAAGAGUUUCACCAGGUCGGAUGAGCUGCAGAGACACCUGAGGACUCACACGGGGGAGAAGCGCUUUGUUUGCCCGGACUGCUGCAAGAGGUUCAUGAGGAGUGACCACUUGGCAAAACAUGUCAAAACUCACCAGAACAAAAAAACCAAGUGCCAAGACAAGACACUUGACCAUGUCAAAAGGGAGGACACGAGGAAUAUGUUGUAACACACCUUGUAGUCGUUUUAAACAGUAGAAAUCACUAGUGCAAUACAGUCAGUCCUACAUUAGUUAAAGUACACAGUGAGCUGCAUUUUUAUAGGACAUUUUGUUUAUUUUGUUGGUUGAUUUCUUACAUCCUGACAAUAGUAUCUAACAUCGCUGGUCUGUGUAGCACAUUUUUGUAUAUAUAUAAAGUUUCAUAAGUUAAUUUGGGACCAUGGAGAAGUUAUAGCUCAUGAGUUUGAAUUCACUGUCUAUAUCAUAUCAAAGAAGACAAGUUUUCAACUUGUGUUUGAUCAUUGUCUUCGCUGGAAGAUUUCACUCCCCUGUAAAUUAUAUUUAAUAGCUUUUGUUGAAUGAAAGUGUCCGUUCUUUGCUCCAUAUGGGGUGUUUUUAAGCAUGCUCUUGAAAAGAUCUGCUAUUGUUGAUAUGACCCAAAUACUGUGUGAGAAUAAAGAUUAUAACAUUUUCCUCAACUCUUAACUCGAAUAAUUCCUUUGAUAUCCCUCAGUUAUAUGGGCGAUGAGACAAUCAGGUGUUAUGUGUAAAGACAGAUAUUCAGUAGCCUAUUACUUGGAGUAGUGUGCCUUAUGAGUUUUAAAACCCAGUUAAUAAUUACUACUUUAUUUAGUAAAAUCUCAAAUUUAAGUGAUUUGAGGAUUUGACAGGAGAAAGUGUGCUGAUAUUUAGUUCCCCGGCUGUUGGUGGUGUUCAGAAAGGAGUAU